AUGGUCCUUCGGCAGCUUGUGUCAAUUCGUGAUCUCGUGGCCCAGAGUCUGGAUAUUGUAGAUGUCAGCACAUGGACCGGGGACCCUCUCAAUGCCGGGUUCAUCUUCAGUCAGCUACACCUAUUGCUUGAGACCAUCAGCGAGGCACGGCAGAUGCUGAAGGGGGAAGGGGAUGAGACACGAGGCAAAUGGUGGGAUACCAGCGCCACUGAAAACAUGUUUGAUCCUCCGCUCCCGCCACAUCUUUCCUUCCACCUAUCUAUCACAGACUCUGCUCUGGUCCUUGUUCUUAGGACAUUGGAGUCCAACUCCCUCAGCCACGCGCCGACUGCUUUCGCUUCGGAUAUCUCCCUAAGUGGAUUCUCCAUCCGAGAUCGUAUAUUCGGCUCGCGAGCGCCAACACACGAUGAAGCCGGUAUUACAUUCCAAUGGCAGGGCGAAGAGGUACGUGUGAAAGAGAAAGUACGCGUAGAGAGCCAGGAUCCUAGUCUUAUGGCGGUCAUGGCGAAACUCACGGCCCUUGAGCAUGAGGUGAUGAGGUGUGUGAAUGCACUCAAGGUGCUCAUGGGUAAUGAGGAUACAGAGAGUGAGGAAUAA